AGGGCGCUGGGAGGCGCCGCGGCGGCGACGGGCGUGCCGGGAGCGCAGGAGCAGCGAAGCGCCGGCGGGCGCGGCCCUCGCGGCCUCAACUAUGGGGUCCACGAGGGCGGCUGGCGGCCCAGGCCAUCCGCCCGACGGCGAGGUGAGGGACGCGCUGAGGGGGGUCAUGGGGCAGCUGCUGGAGGAGCAGGAGAAGCGACUGCUCAAGGCCAUCAAGGGCCUGCUCGACGCCUCUCUGGCGCAGUACGACCUCUCCUCCGCGGUGCCCCAGGACGCGCCCGAGUACGGGACGUUGCACUGCGGGCUGGGAGGCGUGGCGGCGGACAAGCCUGCGCCGGGCUGCCCGAUGGAGGCAGCGGCACUGCCCGAGAGCACCAUGUCGAAAAUGAACUCGGGCUCCGUGUUCCAGAUCCUGACGCGCCCGGUCGGCAUGGCGAGCCCGGCCUCGAGGGACAAGGCUGGCCCUGCUGCCAGGCGCGGCGGGGUCAGGUCGUUCGAGGACGCCCGGGCCAGGGAGCUGCUGCAGUCGGGCCUGUGGCAGAAGAAGACCCUACCGGACAUGACGGCCAGACUCAGCAGCGACUCGCCGCCCGUCUGCGCCUCGAAGUCGGAAGCCCGCGGCGACUGCUGCCCAGUUCCCGUACCGAGCGACCGCGGCGAGUCCAUGACCUGCCCAGAGCUCCCGUCGAUGCCGCUGGACGUCGACGAGGACCCGCCGGAGUCUCCCAGCCCGAAGGUCGGCCCGCAGCGCACGCAGGCGCCCGCGCGAGCGGGCGGCCCCGGCGGCCCCGACGGCGGGCACGCCGCGGAGCUGGAGGCACGCCGCGGACCCAGAGGCCCGCGGCCCGUGGGCGGGGAGUUCUCGGACCUCGUGGGCGCCGUGCCCGCGCCCUCCGGCGACGUGCCGGCGGGCAGCUGCGGCAGCGGAUCGCCGCGGCAGCUCGGCCCGGGCCUCUCCUGGAUGCCGCGGGGCCUGCAGCCGGCGCUGCCCCCGCUGCUGCAGCGGUACAGCAGCUCCAGCUGCACGGAGGGCGGGCAGGAGGAGGCGCCGUCCGAGAGCGGGCGCGCGGCCGACGACAGCGGCGCGAGGAGCCAGUCGACUGCCAGGAGCUUCCAGUACAGCCUGCCGCUGUCCGAGUGCAGCUACAGGGGCAUGAGGCUCGUCACCACCGAGGUCAACCCGACCCCCAGCAACAACCUCCUCUUCACGGGGCAGCGGGAGGGCGCCUCCAGCCCCCGCGCGGCCGUGCCCCUCGGCAGCGAGGGCCCGGCGGCGGGCGCGCACCUGGGCGCCGCCGCCGGUGCCGACGGCGCCCCGUCGGCGAGCGCCUGCGACGCGAGCGCGGGCGGGGCGGGGCGCGCCGACUGGGGCGAGCAGGAGCCCACCAGCUCCCUCGCCACCAUCGGCAAGCCCAGCCGGCCGCGGUGGUCGCUCCCUGACGGCGCCGCCGCGGCCGAGGAGGGCGCCCCCACGGUGCAGAAGCUGCGGCAGCGCCGCGAGGACGGGCUCCUCGGGGCGGUGGUCCACAAGCCGCCAGCGCUGGACCCGGCCAGCAGCUGCUAUUCCGCAGCGGACGAGUUGAGCUCCGAGCAGGGCGUGGGCGCGCCCUUGUGGCUGCGCCUCUGCGGCACGUUGCCCUGGCGGCGCGGCGGGUGCGCCGCGGGGCGGCGGGGCGGUCCGCAGGCGGCGUACUCGCUCCUCGUGCUGGCGCUCACCGCGCUCGCCGCGUGUUUCUUCGCGGCAUCCGCGCUGGGUUGCAGCGCCGAGGGAUGCCAGAGCACGGGCGGGCUGGCGCUGGCCACUGGCAGCUUGCUGGGCCUGCUGGCGCUGCGCCGCUUGGAGCAGUCGAGCGUCUUGGGUUCAUCGGAUGCCCUCCUAGUCGCCUACGCCCAGCGCCAGCAGAUCGUCGAGCCGUGGGCCAGAGCCAUGAGGGGCAGCGCUGCGCAGCUCGCCCUGCUCUGGGUCUGCAGCGCGGGCCUGCGCGGCAUCUCGCUGUGGAGGCGCAGCCCGGCGGCCCCCAUGGAGGCGGCCUCUGCGGGGGUCUUCGUCGCGGUGAGCUUUGUGUUUUUGGGCGUCGUCGACGGCAUCCUCCACGCCAGCUGUGCCCUUUCAAUGAUGAUCGACUCGUACGUGGCGCACUUUGACCAACAAUUCAAGCUCGAGCGAAGCGUGUACGAGUGGAACCUGCUGCAAGCGGUCCUGCGCAAGGUGUCCAAGGCGCUCGAGUGGAGCUUCGCCAUUGUCCAGAGCACGGCUCUGUCGCUCGUGCUGCAGGGGGUCGUCUCUCUGUACGGCGCGCACGCCGUGCACGCCGACGUGGACGACAUGACAUCGAUAGGCUCCGACGCGCUGCUGGUUGUGGCAGCGAUGCUCUCGUUCUUCAAGGCGGCGGCGGUUUCGGACAGGUGCAUGCGGAUGCCGGCGCUGAUCAAUUCCUUGAAUUUUGGGAGGGACGUCGACACCCAAAGGCACUACUUGGUAGAAUUUAUCAAUUAUAGUGCGGCGGGGUUCUAUGUGGGCGAACUUCGCCUGACAACCGCUAUGGCCGUGAAGCUCACCUACUUUGGCUGUGUUGUGGCAUUUGCUGGACUCAGCAACUUUUACUCCGCCGUCGACACGGAUGGGUAAGGUGAAGCGCAGUGGGGCUCUGCAACGGGGCAAGCGGGGGGGUCGGGGUGGUUUUAUCAUUGUCUGUUCAUGGCCUACGUUGCUUUGUAGACUGGCGCGAGCCCGCCUCCCCAGAGGACUUGACGAAAGAGGCUGGGAGAAACCUCGCACGCAUCUGUCGGGAAUGGAUGGUGGUCGAUGUUUCAAUAUUCGCUGCAAUCGCAAAACGGUUCCUACCGUCACUUCUGGUCAUGUUUACAGCGCGCAGCAGUUCGCAUCUCGACGCGUGGGGACUUGAGAUCGCUGUGCGACUACAAUACAUCUCGCGUCAGCGCCUGCAGUAGCUCGUGGUCAAUUCUGUCUUUGCGCCCACGAGAAUUAUAGUUGCAUGCCGCUGCGUUGUGUUCGCGCAGGAGGCUUGCUGUUCUCUUCCAAUCAUCCUCUUCCCCGUCUUCCGCUCUUAUCCAACCCCGCUCCUCCAUGGCCUCGCCCCCCCCCAGGCGAUUACCCUGGUGAGCGCUCGGUUGCGUCAUCGCUGCUCCUCUUGCUCCUCUUGCUCUGCUCCUCGUUUUUUUAAAUGCUAUGAGUUCUUUAUUUAUUUAUACAUAUAUAUAUAUAUAUAUACAUAUAUAU